AUGGAGGACCAGGCUGGCCCCGCAGACAAGUCUAAACAAACCGAGCUGGGCGCAGCUGCUCCUACUACGACGACAGGGACCGCUUUUGCGUCGCGCUCAUCUGCGCCCCGGGUCCGUCUUAGCUGUGAAGCAUGCCGUCAGCGGAAAGUCAGGUGCGAUAAGCUUAGUCCCUGCACCAGCUGCGUGCGCCUGGGAUUUGUCUGCGUCCCCGUCGAGCGAGCUCGUCUGCCACGGGGCCGCACCAGGAAAGCCCCCGAGCGGCUGCAUGGCUCAAACAAGGAGCUAGUGGAACGAGUCGCGAAGCUGGAGGAGCUGUUGACAAUGUUGGCGACCGAGCGCGAUGCCGUCUCUCAUACCGACUCAUCACGAGAGCCGUCACGAUUCACGCCCACCAGCACCGAGGCUAGCUUCGAGACGAAUAUGGUUGACGUCGAGCCUUGGCGGGCUCAGGAUCUACAGCCCAAUACGCAUGCCUUACCGCACCGGCCACGUCCCUCGACGACUUACAUGGCUAGUUCGUUUUGGGAAGAUAUCAUGCAGCAGACACAAGAACUCCGCACAGUCUUGGAUGACCGCUUGGAGGAUGAAGAGGAAGAGGAAGAGUCCAAGAAUCAACCUAGCUUCGGGGCCUCUUUGGUCGGCUCAGAGACCUCAGAGAGCAUGUCCGGUUCUCCUCAGUCGUACAAGGGACUCUCCAUUUCGCCCCAGACAAGACGGCAGCUGUGUGAUAUCUAUUUGCACAAUGUUGAUCCGGUCUUCAAGGUCCUCCAUCGGCCUACGCUGAGGGCCUUUCUUCAUGACGACCAACCUUAUCUUGAUUACGAACCCGAUCACCAAGCUCCCGCUACCUUAGCAUGGGCUGUAUAUUAUGCGGCCGUCUGCACUAUGGACAAUGCCCGAUGCCAACAGUUGUUCGGUGUCGACAAGAAGACGAUCUCUGCCGACCUGCAAAAAGAAACGGAAGCUGCUCUGGUAAAAGCGGAGUUCGUGACUACCAACGAGUUGACAGUUCUACAAGCCUAUGUGAUUUCAUUGCUUGCUGCCCGCUGCCAAGAUCAAAGCCGACGGGUAUGGACUAUGCUCGCCAUGGCUCUUCGAGUGGGCCAAGCCCUGUCUCUCCAUAUGCCCACUCCCCCCUUCCAGGUCAGUCCUUUCGAACAGGAGCUGCGACGACGCACAUGGCAGGCCAUUGGCCUUCUCGAUUUAGCAGCGGCUCUCGACCGCGCAUCUGAACCAAUGAUGCAAUCUACUUGGCUGGAUGUGGUCCCGCCGGCGAACAUCAAUGACGACGAUAUCUGGCAUGGCAUGGACGUGCCGUUCAAGGUGCAUCCAGAGGGCACUUUCACCGACAUGACCCAGACGUUGAUUAUUGGGGCAGCGCAGUCUGUGGCCCGAACAAUCGGAUUCACCGAUUUUAUCGAGCCUACGGUCAGAUCAUCGUUGAGGCGACAGGAGAUCCUCGCGAAUUUCCGGAGAAAUGCGAAUACCCUCUUAGCUGAAUGCAGACCUGAGCUAUCCUCGUACCACCUCUACGUGUCGCGGGUAGCCUUGACUAUCUUCGGUUGGUUACAACUAGGGUGUGUCCGACCAAUCCAACGAGGUAGAAAUUGGGUUCCCCCGCCUGUCGAGGGCGAUGCGCUCCUCAGCCUGGCUUGUGAUAAUUUGCAAAAAUUAAUGGAGACCGCCAAUGACCCUGAGAUGAGGCCAUGGAUGUGGUUCGGGUCCAUGUGGGUUCCCUGGCAUGGACUGGCAGUUGCCCUUGCCGAGCUUUGCGUUUGCAGGGACCCGGCGACGAUAGCCAAGCACUGGCCGGUCGUGGAGCAAGUAUACCACCAGUCGAGUUUCGUCAUUGCAGACUCCCAACACGGGAUGCUGUGGAAACCACUUCAGAGACUCAUGAACCAGGCACGCACCCACCGGAAACAAAUGCUCGCUAGCCAGUCUCCUACCGAGGCAAUCCGCCAGUUCACGAUCAGCGAUAUACCGGCCAUGGAGGAAUUACCCCCUCAACUUGUUCCUCCACCCGUCACCGAGCAGUACAAUCCCCAGGCCAAUAUCCUCACAGACCCAACGGCCGUCUAUACUCUGGGCCUGGAAGCGCCGAACAUUGCUGCUGGUCAGCAACUUGAUCCUGCCAUCACCAUGGCACCCCCGGCGUUUACGAUUGAACCGUGGCACUCCGUCUGGGAACAAAUGGACUACAUGGGCAAUACUGGGCUUCAGCCUCAGGAGAACAACGCGUGGCUUAACUACGAGAACUUCAUGGGCGAGAUAUAUGACAGCGUCGAAAGCAUGUUUUUCCCUCCACAAGGAUGA